AUGAAGGCAACGGCUCGGGCUGACUUGCAGAACGGGCAUCAUGUGCAAGGUGUUGAGGAGGACGGGCAUCCUGCAGCAGAGCAUGCGGACUACCCGUCAGACCAAUUGAAGGCGGAGAUAACUUACUCGCAUUCUGAUGCUACUGAGACGGAAGGGGAACAAGACGGGUCAGUUUCUCAGGAUCAAGGAUCUCAGGAGCGUGUUGAUGUGUCCCCGAAGCUCUCAGCACUUGUCCUGAAGGGACCAAAGAGAGGCGGGAAGAAGCACUCAAUCAUAGCGGAAUGGAAGCGAAAAAUCUUUGGGAUCGGACCGCCGAGACUGGGACAACCAGGAUCCCGCCUGAUCCAUCCCUUCUCCCCUUUCGGACAGUUCAUGACCGCAACCUCCUCCUUCUUCUUGCUCUAUGUAGGAGUCACGACUCCGGUAACGAUCGGAUUCUUCUGGAAUGUUGAGGAUUGCUAUAGGAUGCCGACGCUUGACUUGGACAUGAUUGUGGAUUGUUUCUUCAUGUUCGAGAUCGUCUGCAACUUGUUUGUUGGUGUUUCCGUGCAAGGAGUGUAUCGAGACAGGCUGGUGGUGGUGUGGCAGGAAUAUCUCAGGGGGACUUUGUUCUUCGACCUCUGCACUUCGAUCCCUGUCUCAAUUAUCGAGUACGUCUCGCUGCAAUCAUGCUACAUCGGGAAAGCAAGCAACUCGAACAGCAACUCCCUCAAGUUCAUCCGCGUCUUGAAGCCUCUGAGGAUCUUCAAGAUGCUCAGGGUGAUGAAGACAAGCAAGCUGGUGGGCGCUCUUGACAUCCUAGAGUCCAUCCUCCGCCCUCCUCCGCUCAUCACCACCAUGGUCAAGCUCUUCAUCCUCAUUUUUGUGAUGGUCCAUCUCUGCAGCUGCCUCUACUGGCUGAUCAAGGAGACGUUCUCAACCGAGGAGGAAUAUCAUCUGUGGUUGAACCAUCAUGGGCUAGACGACGAUCCGUCUCUGGCGCAGAAGUACAUCAUCUCCGCCUACUUCAUCAGCACAGUCUUCACGACUGUCGGCUUCGGCGACAUUGCAGCGGAAAACACGGCAGAGAGGCUGGUGAUUAUCUUGAUCAUGUUCCUUGGCAGCAUCAUCUUUGGCAUGCUCAUCGGAGAGGUUCAGAGCUCGAUGUCGCACAUAAACAGAUUUGCAAGGGACAGGCUCAGGCUGUCGCAGGAGGUCAAGAGCUUCCUUCGGUCCAAGGAGACGUCUCCAGCUCUCGAGCGAGUGCUCCUGAGCUACUUAUUACAGGACUGCUCGUCACGUCAGGCAUUCGAGGCUCAGUCCAAGUCCAUCUCGCUGCUCCCCGUGGGCUUGCAGAUGCAGAUCGGGCAGCACCUGCACCAGAACAUCCUCAACAGGAUUCCUGUGUUCAUGAGCAUCGUGCACGAGAGCAAAAGCUCCUUCCUGGUGCAGCUCUUCAUGGCGAUGAGGGUGGAGACGCAUGCUCGGGACCUCCCGGUGGCGAGGAUGACGGAGAAAGCAGACCGGCUGCUGCAGAUCCAGCGAGGAACGGUCCGGGUGGAUCUGAAUCUAGACGGGCCCACCCUCUCAACCCUCAACCCUGGAGAUUGCUUCGGUCAGUUCGCUCUGUACGACGACGUGACGUGGCAGACCGAGCAAGGUCUUCCAGCGACUUUCCAUGCUCUCGACUUUGUGGAGCUCCUUGCGCUCCAUCGCGAGGACUUCCUCGUGAUCCUCCGCAAGACUCCUUCCGAUCUGAUCAUUCAGAUCGACGACUUUGCCAAGAACGAGAAGAAGAUGAGAGAGAAGCUGCGCAGUCUUGGGGCAGACAAUAUCUCCAUCCUUCGCUGGGUUCAGCUGUAUGGGAAAAUCCUGCGGCGAGUUCGUUUUGAGAGGACCAAGAAUGCAGGAUUUGACCUGGGGAGGAAGAGGGAGAGCGUGAACUAUGCAAGAAAUAUUCACAACUUCUCGGUUGUAGAGAGGCAGAACGAAUGUUCGAGUCAAGACAACUCCGCAGAAAUUCUCAAGGCCAUCAACCUCCUCAAGGAUAGUCAGGAUCGUCUCAACGACAAGGUUGAGACCUUGCAGACGAGCGUGAAGACGAUGAAAGAAGAUUCUGAGGCACUUGACAAGAAAAUCACGACGAGGAUGCAGGAGAUUAUCGAGUCCCUCCCUGCCUCCAAUCAUCGUCGAUCAGGCUCCACAUCUCCCACCGUCAUCCUCUCCUCCUUCCCCAUUCUCAACAAUCCUUCGGCGAGGAAGAAGGAGAGAGGUCGAAGUACCAAGCAGGAGGAUCGGCCGACGUUCCUGCAGGCGAGCAGCGACAUCGUCUUGAAGCGAUCGGAAGCGGACAUGAGAGUCUUAGAGAACCAUCUCAUGACCGCAGAAGAUUCAUGGAUGCUUCCGACCUUCCGGAGUUCCGAACAGGAGGACAGAGGAGCCUCGAGGAGGAGAAGGAGGAGGAGGAGUCCCAACGCAAAGCUCUCGCCUCACUCUAAAAAGUUCCUGGCUGAUCUCUUUCCGGAUGUCUACCCCAAGGAGGAAAGCAGUGCAGCAAGGAGGGAGGGAGUCAAGGCAGGUAUGGAGAGGAGGGAGGCAAAAGUCAGAAGCGGGGCACAGGAGGACGGGCCCAGUCACAGCAGCAGCGUUCACAGGAGGGGGAUGGUCCAGAACAUCGGCAUGGAGAGGCUAGAGGAGCCACAUCCGUUUCGAAGACACUUCUCGAGCUGA